AUGGCGCAUAUUACAUAUACAAAUCUUCCAAAGACGAAGAUGAAAGUUCUAUUAGUCCUGGCAUUGGCUCUAUGUAUAGCCCACUUGGCAGUGGUACAAUCAACUGAUACUGCUGCAGAUGACGAUAAGAACGGCAAGAAAAAGACAAAACCCAAACGUCGUAAUCCCAACGCUGCCAAAAAAAAUAAAAAACAGAAGGCUAAGAAGCGAAAACCUGUUGCUAAUAAGAAGCGGGCAAAUGCUGUGGCCAAAAGACUCAGGCGCUCUGGAUUAAUCAAAUACUAAUAUUUAUUUGAGGUCUUUUUAUACCCGUUACUCGUAGAGUAAAAGGGCAUACU